GAGAGUUCAGUUUCGCAUGUGCGUCUCUGCACCAACGCACUCUUCUGCCGUCACCCCUGCAUAAAGGCUUCGUUUUCCGACCGGCUGCGGCUCGUGCACAAACGAAUUCUACUGACUAGAUCGACUUUUCCUUCCCCUUCACACCGUCCUCCCGGCCUCCACAGGCGGUUGCUCCGCGCGCUUUAGAGUCUUCCUUCGGCUUUCCGCGUUUGCGCACAGGCUUGGGAGGCGUGGUCCGCACGGCGUGCUUUCGCAGCAUACAGAAGACAUUUACGGCAAAAGCACGAAUCACAGCAGAAGGAAAGAUGAGCGAGACGGACAGCAUGUGGCUCCAGAAGAGCAUCACCAUACCUGAUCCCCUCCCAGAGGAGGACGAGGUGGGCAAACCGGCGGAGACGACCUCGACGCCCGCCGUCGUGGCGGACGAUUCCCAGCUGCCUAAGGAUGGGACCGUAAUGCCACCGCCGUCGCAGUCAGUUGAGAAGAAAACAGGCGAGAUGGAUCUGACAAAGAUGGUGCUCGACACCAGCAACUUCCUGCGCACGAACUCAGCGCAGCGCGCGUCGAUGCGCUAUCCAAGUCGCGCGUCCGUCUCGAACUCGGCCUUCAUCUCAGCCCAUGAGUACGACGAACUCCGCGCGCGGUACAGCCAAGCGAAGCGGGAGCUGCUGAAGCUGUCGGACAUCCAGAAAGACUUGGACUUUGCCCGCUUCGAGCUGACGCGCACGCAGGAAGAGAUGAACCUCUUGCGUGAGAGUAACCAGAGCCUAAAGCACGAGCUCGAGGACUACGUGCAGCGGGCCGAAAAGGAGCACAAGGCUCGCCUGUCGCUCGAGGCGAAGGUGUCAGCCGAGGGCACUAACCGCAGCGAGGAGGUGGCCUUUUUAAAGCAGACCAUCGAGGAGCUGCGUGACGAGCACACCAGACGGCUGGACGACGUGACGGCGCAACAGGAGAACGAGUUCCAGACGCGCAUCCAGUCCAUGCGUGACGAGCUGGGGAAUGCGACAGAGGAGCUGGAUCGCCUCGUCGCCGAGGUGACGCAGACGCAGAGGAGCAAGGAGGCCUCCGAUGCCAAACUGUCAGCGACGCUCGCCGCACUCGACAAGGCACACGCCGAGUCCAACGAGGGUAAAAGAAAGAUCGAGGCGCUCCAGAAGCAGUGCCAGGCGUUGGAGCAGCAGCACCGGGAGUUUGUCGCGCAGCGGGAGGAGUCGCGUGCGAGGGACCUCGAGGCGCAGAAAGCGGUUAAUGAAGAGCACGUGCAGCAGCUGGUGCGGUCCAAGGACGCAGUUAUCUCCGAGCUGCAGGGCGACGUGCAGCUGUGGAAGAACAAGCACAGGGCCGCCGCAGAGGAGCUGGCGGCGGCGCGGCACUCGUUGAGUGAGCUGCAGGAGGACCUGAAGCAACUCGCGGCGGAUCGCACCAAAGAAGUACGCCGCCUUGCCGAGGAGCACCGUCUCGCGCUGUGCGAGAAGCAGCUGCUGAUGGAGACGGCGGUGCGGGAGGCGAAGGGGAGUAAGACGUCUGUGGAAGAGGAGGCUCACUCGCUGCGGCGACAGCUAGCGCAGGUGUCGAGUGAGCUGUCCACCGUGGCGGGUGUCCUCGCGCAGCGUGAAAAGCAGCUCACUCAGAUGGAGAAGGAGCUGGCAGAGACCAAAGACCGCUGCGUGGCGGCGGAGCAGGAGAACGCGCAGCUGGCGAGCGACGCCCAGCUGAACGCCGAAGCGGCCAUGGAGGCCGGCGAGCGGGUGGACCGUCUCCUGCAGCAGAAAGACGACCUUGAGGAGGAGUUCUCGAAGGACGUGCGGGAGGCGAAGGACCGCAUCCGCACCCUCGAGACGGCGCUGAUGCAGUCUAAGAGUGAGCUGUCGGCCCUGCGCAAGGAGCAAAUCAAAUCCUCCGACGACGCCCUCGCCACCACGCGCGACCUUCGGGCGCAGGUGGAGACACUGAUGGAGCAGCGCGCUGCCCUGACCGCGGAGGCGACGGAGCGGCGGCACUUCGAGGAGGCCGCUCACGACUACCGCAAGCGGUUUGAGUCGGAGAAGUCCAAGGCGAGUGCGCUGGAAGUGGAGCUGACCGCUGCGGUGAAUCGCUGCUCCACCCUCGAGGCGAAGAUAGAGGAGCAGUCUCGCCGCGUCAUCUCGCAAGCGGUGGCACGGUCGCCGAUGCAGACCCUCCACGCCAACAGCACCACCUCCCUCUCGCGGCUGGGCAAGUACCGCAGCGCGUCCUCGGCCCACUCGGCGCGCAGCGCCUCUGACAACUCGCUGAAGCGCGCCCGCACGGAGGACGCGCGCGUGUUCGCCAUCAGCGGCUUCGACGGCAACGACGUGCUCCUGGCGGUGAAGCAGCUGCCCAACGUGGCGAUUGCGGAGUGCAGAUCGAACAUGCCGGUUCCAUCGAAUCUGACGCACCUCAUCUCGAACGGGCAACUCACCAUCAAGCUCUUGACGGCGCUCGUCCGGGGAUGCUGGGUGCUGCCGGAGUCGUACGUGGUGGACUCGCUGAAGGAAGGGCGGUGGUUGCGGGAGGAAGACUACGGCUUCCAGCACGAAGAGCCGCCGCUGUUGAAGAAGAAGGUGGCGCUGACGGAGGCCUUUACUGCCUGCAAGCACUACAACACCGCCAGUCUGCUUUUGAAGGAAGGCGGCGCCAUCAUCGUCGACAGUCCAGAGGAGGCGGACAUUGUGCUGCGCACCAACGCCGAAGCGCGCUCCAUGACGGAUGGCUGGAACUGGGAGAAGAUGGUGGACAUGAUCAACCCCCUGAAGAUUGCAUAG